CUACACAAAGAGAGAUGAAGCUUUAAACCUGUAAGGAAUAUUUGCUACAAAAACCUUGGAAUUUUCUCCAUUCUCUCUCAACAACAACAAUCAUCAUGUUCUCUCCUUUCCCCAUUAAUCACCACCACCAUCAUCAUCAUUGCAUCCACCACCGCUCCUCCACCACCAUAUAUCUAGCAAGCUAUGAGCUCAGAUCAAGAGAAAAAGAAGAUCAUAGCUUCUUCUCUCUCUCUUGAGAAGAAACAAACCCUAGUCAUAAACUUGGCCUGAUCAGAGAAGAUGGAGGCUAGCUCAAGGAGACUUAACCACAUUCUUCUUUCGGUUUCUUCGAUCGAUCUCUCAGGGAAUCAAGCCGCUUCGGUCCGAAUUUAAUCUUUUUAUUUCCAUAAUUUAGCAUAAAAUUAAUAGGGUUUGUGUUUACUGCUUUGUUUCCUUUGAUUUCUGCCAUGAGGGAUUUCUCAAAUUUUCUUGGUCAUUUUUCGUAUAAAUAAGCUCGAGUUGUUUGAAUGAUUUAUUUGUGGUUUGUGGUUUGUUGUUUGGGAUUUAUCUAUUUUUGCUUUGUUUUCUUUGAGUUUUUUUUAAGGAUCUGCCUGUCAAGAGAUAAUAUGUUUAGAUCUAUGUUUACAUAUAGAUCUUUCUAUGAAUAAUCACUUGUUACAUUUGUUCUCUCUCUCUCGAUUGACACUUGAAACUAUAAGUAUGAGUUUUGAUUUAUGUUACACUUACUACUGUCGUAAUUAACUCUAAAUCUAUAUGACUUUUAAUCUUUCAGAUAUUAGGGUUCUGAGUUUAGGUAACCUAUCUAUAUUUUAAAACUGCUACUUAGACUUCAUAUGAAUACCUAAUUAGCCAAAAAUUUCAUGGAGAAACUAAAUCCAAUUAAUACUCCAUUCUUAUGGCUUUUAGUUUAUUUUGCACUAUAUCAUAUAUGAAUGUAUAUCAAUUAUACAUGAAGUGGAUAUCUUUGGUCAAAUUUCUCAAAUUAAUUACUCCAUAUUAAUUUCAAAAUCGAGAGAAAAGAGGCACUCAAGGUUAUAAGUUUGAAAUACACACAGAAUAUUUAAAGUUUCCUGAAUUAAUUGUAAUAGUUGAUCACAUUCUCGGUAUGUUUGAGUACCUUAAGGUUCUUGAUUAAAAAAUGCAUGAUAGAUUACUAUUUUAAUUUCGACGUGUCACCACUAUAUUAAUGGAAACAAGAUUUAAAAGAUUAUAGUAAAAGGGAAUGAGACAUUGCCCGCGGAGUAAACAUGGUUGUUUAAUUUUGACUUAUUUUUUUUAAAAAAAUUUCAUUCUAUCAAUGGCGGAUCUAGGUGAGAUUGGGGUUGACCAGUCUUAGCACAGCCCAUUAGAGUCUAAAAAACUCCAAGAAAUCCGGCUUGGCUAGUCACACAACCUUUCUCUUCCGAUGGUGACGAUGGCCUUUUGCACUUUAUUACAACCUCAUGAAUUUCAUUUUAGCUGGUCCCCUCAAUUUUGAAGCCUUGACCUCACACCAAAAGCAUCAAGUUCGUCUCUACAUUGACUCCCUCCUCGAAUGGAACCAGAAAAUGAAUUUGACGGCGGUGAAAGAGGAAAAUGAGGUGAUGGAAAGACACGUGGAGGACUCCUUGGCGAUUAUUGAACCCGUUCGGGAUUCAUAUAUGUUGCGCUGCGGGGAUUCUUUCGAAAAUUUGAGUGUUGUUGACGUUGGAAGUGGAGCUGGGCUUCCUGGAGUCAUUCUGGCCAUCGCAUGCCCUAGUUGGAAGGUGACUCUGUUGGAGUCCUUGAAUAAGCGUUGCGUCUUCUUGGAGCAUGUCGUUGGCCUCAUUGGCUUGCAGAAUGUUCAAAUUGUACGUGAUCGAGCGGAGACUGUAGGACAAAACCUUGACUAUAGAGAGAACUUUGACAUUGCAGUUGCUAGAGCAGUUGCAGAAAUGAGAGUACUAGCUGAAUAUUGUCUUCCUCUAGUCCGUGUUGGUGGUUUAUUUGUAGCAGCAAAGGGUCAUGAUCCACAGGAGGAAGUUGCAAAAGCUGAAAAAGCUAUUCAUUUGAUGGGUGCUUCUCUCUUGCAAACAUGUUUUGUGGAGUCUCACAGCAAAUUCGGACAGAGAACAGCCAUUAUAUGCCUGAAAGAUGGUCCAACCCCCAGAAAAUAUCCUCGGGCACCAGGUAUUCCUUCAAAGCUCCCACUAUGAUGUUGAUACUAGACCAGCAAGGUUUGGUUAGCUGUUCGUCUUAUUUAUCAUAUUAGCUAGUACCUUCUGGUGAACAAGAUUCAACUGAGAAACACAGUGAUGUAAAUCAUAUCUUGGAUACCUUUUGCUCCCAUUCCUCACCUCGCCAAAUAAUACUCUUGUGUACAAUUAUGUAUUGUUUGUUUUUCUAAUGCCAGUCACACAACACAAGCUUCUUUGGUAUAC